CAGAGCAUGCGCAUUAGACUACCCAUGGGGCUAGUAUCCAGGUGGCUUGUUGUCUCUGGCUUGUUGUUGUGUACGUGUAGAUCUAUGUACGUAUUCUGAGAGUCUUGACUUUUCAAAUUUGAGUAUGCCAGCUAACAGCAAAUUUGGGUUCAGUAUCCUGGUGGGGGGGAAAGAGCUGGCUGAGUACAGUCAUCCUGAGGACAGCACCAGAGGGAUGGUGGAGAGUAUCCUGGUGUCUCCAGUCACCUACUGGCUAAAUGUGAGGGAGUACUCAUCCUACAGUGAGGAAAUGGAGGAGCAAAAGUGGCCUGUCACUCCAUAUCAGAUAAUGAUAUCUUCUAAAGCUGGUUGCCCAUACUCUGUGUUUAAAGUGUUUGUCGAUGGUGUUAAAGUAAAUGAAGUAUGGCUGAGAGACCGGGAAACAAAAGUUGUUGAAGGGUUCGCAGAACAAGAUGGAUCUAGCCGCGAAUUUCUCUUUUCUCUACCUAGAUUUGCUGAGAACGAGAAAGAUCGCGUAGAAUCUGGAAGAUCAAGUCGUGUGGGGAAAAUAGAAGUCAAUCGUCAUGAUGCAACCUUCGCUCACAAGGCAAUGGGUGUUCACAGAUACACCGCUGUUGAUUUUGUCCAAGCAAACAAGAAAGAUGUUACGGACAUCACUAAACUGAGUUAUACAAUGACAACCACACGUCAAGGCAAACUGAUCCGAAAUGGUAAACCCUGCGAUACAUCUUCAUCAGCCGAAGAUACCAAACCAGAGAUGAAAAUGUUUAGCUACUAUAAUAUUGGGAACGAAGUUGGAAAACUACAGCUUGAAUACCACAUGACUCACACCCUCAUUGACUGGGGGAUACAACUUGUGAGACCUGACUGGAGCACCUGAACAUUGCUCUUACCAAACUUAGAUCUACAUGUAUGAUUGUAACUUCAGUCUUGUUUUGUUUAUACUGUCAAUUAGAACAUUACAACUUAAAAGUAAUAUUGGGAUUCUUUGUUCAGUA